AUGGCUAACAGAAACAUUCUGUUGCUCUUCUUGGGACUCUUCCUCCUUGCACUGAUUCAGCCCUCUCUUCAAGGAGGUAAGUGCAUGCUACAGGUGAACUGAGCCAUAAUCUCUGCUGCAGCAGCCACAGCCUGCAAACAGGUGCAGUUUUUUAUGUGUGUGCUUCCCCUCACUCAGGAGAGUUCAUUACUGAAUACCUCGAGUAUUUGAAACUUUUGUUCAUGCUUAUCAGGAAUAGAGUUUCAGUGAUUUGAUUUGAGGCUCUUUUCUAAAUCAUCUAAUCCCUACAUUUAUUUUUUCAAGUGCAGUUGAAGAUAAGAAAACAGAAAUUCCUUAUCUUAUUUUUGAUAGUCUUCUGUGGAUUAAUCUCCGCAAGACAUUUCUGCACUCGCACAGGUGUGGUGAUUUGAAUGUAUCCUCAAUGCAAGUCCCUCGUUCAGACUUAAAGGUUGUUAAAUCUGGUUUAUCCUCUGCACACACUAAUGUAUGCAUGUUCGUGUCUUCAUGGCUGCAAUCUCAUCUUCUGAAAUUCCAGGAUCAGAAGGUCCCAGCUGGUCCAUCUUUCGACAUUUCAGAGCAAUAUUGUUUGAAUUAACCCCCGAUGAACUUCCACUCGGACGGGCGGUUUAUACUCAUCUUUUAUACCGCCCCUGAUAGGAUCUCCUGAGUAACAAGACUCUUGUGUCCUGAAUCCUCAGAGCAGCAACAUGCUGAUUUGAGGGGUCAGUGUUAUGUGCACUCUGAAAUCAAGAAGUACUCACAGACAGAGAGAAGAUAGAGAAAGACAAGGAGAAACAGACAGAGAUAGCAUACCUUUCCUCUUACUCUCAUUCAGCCUGUGCACUGGCCUUUCCUGCAUUGCUUUGAUUUGAUCCCUGUCCGUGUUUUGGCUGACAUUUGCUUUAGCUAUUCAGCCAUCACCUGGAAAACAUGUUAAGCAUCUUGGGCUUGAUUCGCUGGAGUCUAGUUGAUUUCAUGUUGUAUUUAUUUACUUUAAGUCACAGCUGUUUAUGUUCCUUAUCUCCCAGUUUCCAAAUGUCUUUUCAGGUGCAUUGUGUUUAGAUUGUAAGUUUCCAAAAAGAAAUGUUUUGUCCAUAUACAGACCAAUCCCCACCUGUUUUCUCCCCCAAACUCUUUUUGAUCACAAUAACAAAGUAUACCUAGUUUGUUUAUGCAGAUCCUCGAUUGUAUCAUGUAAAGAUUUUUUCACCCUCCUUUCCUCGGUUUCUUAACACAUGUUCCCAUUUCUCUUCUGUGCCAGCCAUUCUUCAGCUGGGAAUUUAGGGGUGAACUCAAGAAGAGAUAUAUAGCAGGUAAAGGUGCCAACAAAUAUCGGCUUAGCAGCACAACUUUGAUCUCAAGUGAGCACUGAAUCCAUCCAUAUCAGACUUCUCUGUGACACACAAACUAGUUCAAUCUGUGUCUUAGCUCUGCAGCUUGAUUUAAGUUGCCAGACAGUGGUUGAAGGGUUGUUAAUCUAUGAGUAACAUGCACCUCAUCAACACCCAGUCCUGCAUAGAAAAAGCUCUGCUGCUUGAAAACAUCACCCCUUGAACUCUGAUAUGGAGCGCAGAGGCUGUCUAAAUGAUUUCCAGCGGCACGUGUAAAUGAGUUACAAUAAUAGAGGAAACAUCUGGGAGGGAGUUUGCUGAUAAAUUAGCCCCCUGUCAUUCUAUCUUAUGACCUUUUGUAGAUGCUGUACUGUUUGUUGUGUCUCCCCCUCUCACUAUGGAGGAGGCUGUCUUACUUUGCAAACAAGCACCAUCUGCCACAGUGAGUUGGAGGGUUAUACAUUUGUGUUUGAGGCAGCAUGGCUCAGUGGCCUCUGUUUUUUAUUGCUACACUUGAUAACUUAAUCAAACCCAGGCUGAGAUGGUUGACAAAGCCCUUUGACUAGAUUCCUCAACACAGGAAUUUAAUCAAGCUUAUUCCCUCAUUGCCUCAAUAAAUAUAGACUCAUAAGGUUGCUUUUUAUGAUUAACCUUAGCUUGUAAAUGCCCAGAUCAGUCAUUUAGUCCCCCUACUACCUUACUUUGACGUAUGUUUUCUUCUGACAGCUUUAAAUACUAACCGCUGUACUUUGCCUAAGUUUGGCAUUUAUGACCGGCACAUUUAAAAGCACAAUUCUGAGCAGCCAGUGGGUGAUGAAGUGGGAAAAAUAGCUGCCAUAUUCCUUCCACCGCUCCAAAGAAUUGGAGAAGUUGUGUGAUGUUUUUUAGCACCACUGGAAGCCAGUUUGUCUCAUUUGGCCCGGUCCAGAUCCAGCUCUGAAACUUCAGAGGAUUGAAUACAUUAAUCAUCUACAAUUGGUUGGCUGUGGUUUAACUAAUACACAUUGGAUGGCAUGACUUGGCUGUCACAAACAUAAUUGAUGAAUUGCAGCAUUACUCCACCAUUGCUGGUAGAUACCCAAACUGAUUGUCUCAAUUCCCCGAGCAAGUGCUGCCUCAGACUUUAGUGCUUGCGUGUGUUGUGUACACCUCUGGCUCUGAUCUGUCUUCUGGAAAGGUUGAGUGCCAACCACAGCAAACUGGUUUAAUGUGACACAGAGGCAACCCAGUGUUCAGCAGGCUUACACUGCAAUUAAAGGCAUAGACCAUUUGACGUGCAGUUUCUGUAAACUCAAAGGCUUUAGUGAGUACACUUUUUACGCAGUUUCUUUCGAUUUCUUCAACGCCGGACUCACAAAAGCAUUUUACUUUGUUGAUGUAGAGGUUUGGUGUAAUUUGCAGCAAAGUGACCUCAUUCAGUACUCAUGUGGGAAGAAGCCCUUUGGUUACAAGCACAGACUGACUUGGGUUUGCUGUUGUGAAAGACCUGUUUUUUUUUUUUUUUCUUUUUCCCGUGUAUUUGUGUCUUAUUCUGGCACAAGUCCUGGGAAAGUGUUAGAAGAAUGGCUUAUUGGAUCCACUGUUUGCAGAUUUACAUCAAAGCAUGUUGCGUGGCUGGGAGGUCACACUCCUUAUUAAAGCCCUAAUCACACCAGAACUGUGGGAUGAAAAGGUUGUUUUUCGAAGGACUGCACUGCAAAUGUGUGGGGUACAUCUCUAAAACACACAUUAUUCUCGAUUUCUUUUUAGUGUUUACAGCCUACCCUUGUAUUUCUAAUGUUGCGGCAAGUCCUCAUCAAUGCUGGAAGAACAUCUGUGAUUAAAAAUGCGUAGCUCCUACCCCUAAGUUGCAGAUGAAUGUCAGUCCUAACAUCUCCCACAGGGAUGUUUCUUCUGCAGUCAACCUGUGCCAAGUGUUCAACAAAGGAGCACAUUAACUCAGAUGAUUCAUUCAAGCCACUCUGCAAGCAGCCCUCACCAGGCUGUGAGGUCUGCUUCCAGCACUCUCACUGGGCCAGCAAUCUCAAAUGGCUCCUGUGAGGAAUGUUUUCAUCUUAUCCCGCUGCUGCCUACUCAUGUCCAAGCUCUACUCGGUUUACAAACAACAUUACAACAUAAGCAUGGAAAUAUUGUUUUAAUAAAAAUAGAAUGAAAGGAGAAGAAUGAAAUUCUGAUCGAAACACAUGACAUCUAUGUCAUCCCACUGCUCUGAAAUGAAAACAUUGUAGUCUGUUCUUUGUUUGUUGGGAUGCUUUCUUUGUGAGACAGGGGUGGGAGUAACACAGCACCUUUGGGCCUUUGGCAUCAGUCAGUUGGUCUAAACCAAACAAAACUGCAUUUGUACAAGUGUUUUGUUUUGUUUUAGCAAGUCAACUACUGGACAGCAAAUUCAGUUCCCACGUUCAUAUACAUUGUACAUUUUGUCAUCUUGUAUUUACCCUCUUAAACUGCCCUCAGCCAUGCUCUUUGGUGUGAGGGGGUAAAGCCAUGGCAAAGUUACAGAUUUGCAAACAAAAGAUAAUCUUUUACAGCUUUUGGCGGGCUUUUUUGUAAGAGUGAUAGGGAAUGUAGGGAGAAGGUAGUUGAGGUCAGGAGUUGAACCUACAGCUGCUGCAUCCAGGACUAAAGCACCUGUACAUGGAGCAUGGGCAUAAACCAAACUGGUGCCACUGAUGCUCUUCCGAGGCUUAUUUUAGCCAAUAAUUACAGUUCAGUCAUGUUUUUUUUAUUACCACCAUUCGCCACCUUUUGCCAUGUUUAGCUCUAGAAUAGGAAAGCUUUUCUGUUUCCCUAUCCACCGACAACAAAGGACUGAACAUUGACAGGAUUAGAAUAAGUUCCUCAUAAUCUGUGAAUCUGCAAACUUCACUCUGAGAAGUGUCGACGGGUUGAAGCUGGCAAGUGAAGAAAAGAGAGGUGGAGUCAGGUUGGGGUGAGUGCAAGAAUAAGAUUGAUUUUCCAUAAAAAUUUUCACUUCUUUGAUGAUCCUGGCACUAUCCUCCUCCACCCUCCUGUUUGCAGAGGAAAAUAGAUGGUGCAAGGGGUGACUGAUAGUAGGCCAGCUGUCACAUGUCUGAUAAUGCAAGAUGUAAGUGUGCCAGGAACCACAGAGUUUGCUUUACUGCACUGUUGCUCAGGGUUGCUCUCUUUCCAAAGAAGGGAAAGAACCAAACCUCCUCUUAUGGGACAGUGGUUUUGGAUACGUCUGUGAAUGACACUUGUUAGCUUGCCAAAAACUCUUUAUUUCAUCGAAUAUGAUUGAAAUAGUGGCGCAGAGUUGUGUAACUGCAGGUGGUUAAAGUGGUGUAAGUAUAUUUCCUCAGGACUUAAAUCUAUGUGGACCACAAGGCUGUGAUCAUAAUUGGUAAUGGGCCUAUUCGUCUUUUUUAAAGAACGGGGAAUUUUGUAAUUAACCUUUUGAGGUCUCACGUAGUCUUGUGUAUGUUCUCGCAACUUUGUUUUGCACACUUAGUAACAUACAAAUUGUUCUUCCAACUUGAAUGCAUUUGAUUAUUUUGUAAAAGGCCAAGUUUAAAACUACCUCAGCAAAGGGUCAUGGAAAUGUCACAUUACUCAGCGGCUUGUUGUAAAUAAAGUAAAACGAAACUUCUCGAAUUCACAAAGCGCAAUUGUUAAACCUGUCAUUAACAUGGGAGGUACUAUGGAAAAACGGUCUUUGGCUUUAGUUUUAUUCAGCAACAAAACAAGCUCUGACCCAAAAUUUCCAAAGUCCAAUUUGAUUCAGUCAUUAUUUUGGGGUCCAGUAACCCAUAUCUCCCAUUAAAUGUGGGCCAUAAAUCCAUAAAACGACCCUUAAAGAAUAUCAACUGUAGAUGAAUUCACCGUCAUCACUCUACUUUGGGGACUUUACCCCAAGUUUGAGACGUUAAAUUAACACAUAAAAGGAUUGACAUCGGAUUUACAUGUUAGUCAUGCCACUCCCUGCUUUCAGGUCAACAGUCCAACAUGAUUAAAAAUCUAAACACACGGCACCGAACAUAGACUUUCCCACCUGCUAUCUUGAACCUAGUGGGUUAAAGGGUAAUGAUAAUAAAACAUUCAGAUUCUUAAAUUGUAUAAAAGAUCUUUUCAUUGUUUUCCAAAUCCUUUUGGUCUAUUACACAUGUUUCUAUUUAUGCUGUAAAAUGUAUCCUCACAUCUUCUUGAGAUCUUUUUCCUUAUUUUCUUGACCCUUUUUGAUUUCUUUAAAGUAAAAAACAUAUCACUUCGAGUUGUUUUUUAGGUCUUUCUCUAAAAAUUCAUCACUUGUCUUUGUGUGCAAUCUCACUGUCCCUGAAGCUUGUGCUAAGAGUUGAUCUACCUCCUGGCUCCAUGGACAACAGUUCAUUUUCGAGCAGGUUACUAGUACUCUGAUUGGCUGAGAGUAAAUGAUAAUAAUCUAAAAUGGUAAAAGACUGGUAUUGCAUUACUAGCAGCAGAUGUGAGACUCAUAUUGAAAUCUUAAAAGGAAUAAUUUAUUCAAUAGUUCCAACUCUUAACAGAUACACACUAUGAUUAUACUGAAAUACUGCAGGAAGUAUCAGUGUGUUACUCCUGGACACUGAACCUUGGACAUCCACUAGACUCAUUUUUCUUUUGCUGAUGACUGGCUGCAUUCCUAGCUCACUGACACCCCUUCCACUGUGAGUCUGAAAGUUGGACCACAUUCAAGUCUUAGGUGGAGCAAAGAUAAAUUCAAAUCACUGUCAGGAUUCCUGUGAGUUCACGCACAUCAUCACCCUCUUAAUGCACUCAGAUUAACCCUGGUGUCUAACCACAAUCAUAAAAAAGGCCAGUUGAGUUAAACUCUAGUAGUUUAUAACUGGUGAGGCGUAUUACCUGUGACAUGGGGUAAUUUAUUUGUUCCUUUCCAGUCUCUCCUUUUUCACAUCGUCACAUUCAAGCCAUAGACUGUAUAUACUAUGGACAACUUGGUUCCGCCUUCCGCCAGUAUACGGUUUUGAAGCCAAAAAGCUCUCUGUAUUUCUGUGAUUUUUCUCACUUUUCCUGAAACCAGUAUUACGCAGUAACAUUGUACCCAUUCGGCGGGAGAGUCGCUGUGAUGAUGUUUGGCUCAAACAGCGUACCCCCCGGGUGAGCUACGCAAUUCUUGUACGCCCAUAGGAAGGAUUUAUGACCUAUACUGCAGCCCGUCACCAGAAGGUGCUAUUCUCGGGGUGGCUUCACCCACUGAAGAGGCAGACGGCAUCCGUUCUAUAUACAGUCUAUGGUUCAAGCUGACUACCAUUGUUUUAUAACAUUGUUUUCCUGCUGGUCCACAUUUUCAACAUAUGAGUUUUGCCUCUGCAAAAUCCAAUAUGGUUAUUCCCUUUUUUUUUCUUUACACAAACAUUAUUCAUAUUAUAAAAUCUCACGGCACACUCUUGACUUGAGAUAACUGGGAAAUCUAAUCCCUUCUGCUCUUCAAGGCAUCUUGUCCUUCACACACAUUCCAGCUCAUUCCCAUGACCUGGCUGAUUUUGCGAGGAACAUAAGUACAUAAUGAUGAGGAGGAUAAACAGUAUGAUCAUGAAGAAAUCUUCAAAUUGACUGAGGCAGGUCAUGUCACUUGGCAGAGGUCAGUGUACGCCUUAUUUGGAUAUAUGGUCUUAGUGAACCUGUUGCACUUUGUAAAAGUGGUUCAGCAGCUCAAUGGGAUUUUAAAAAAGAGGAAAACUGGAGCAGACACACACUCCCUUUUGCUUCACUUGCACUGCCGAGACAGGAAAUCCUCCUUUUGAUUGUGAAUUGAAGGGGCAGAAUCAAGAACAAUCACUGUAACCUCGACGUUUGGUGCAUGAACCUGAAGUUUCUGCUAUGAAGCCAGGGACUGCAAACAUUAUCGCCUCGACUUACUCACCUAAUAAUCAAAUACAGAAUGAGGGGCCAUAAUAUCUUUACAGUGUAUUUAAGCCUUAAGACCUUCGAAAAAACAGUUUUAUAUGCAACUGCUAUCCCAAGGUCUCUUCUGUCUUUCCCCAUUUCCUGAUUGAUUUAUCCUGUUCAGUCCUUUCUAAGCCAAAGCGUAGCUUGUCACAGUAUCUGUUCUCAUUUACAUCGCUGCUGAAAAAUGAGCCUAAAUGAUGAGAAACUGCCCAACAUUAAAAAUGACCGUACCCUGGAAACCCCUGUAGGAGCACCACUUUGUUACCUAAGGAAAGACUUUUUUUUAUCUUAAAUAAAAACAGACCUUUUACUCCUUCCAACCAUAAUUUGAGGAUAUGACAGAGUUUAUCAUGUUGGCUUUUAUAGUUUAUUACCUUCUAUUCAAAACUGAGGCCUGUUUUUUUAGCCAGUCAUUCCAUAAUUGUAUUUGAUCGGUAUUCUCAAAAUCUGAUAACCCAAUGGACAGCUGUAUUUUUGUAAUUCACCCCAUUGCUUUCCUCUGUUGAUAUCUUUAGAUUGACAGUUUGCUAAGAUAACCAACAAAAUUCGAUUACAAAAGUAGAUGCAAACAAAAUUCAUUGAUACAAACAGGGAAUCACAAUAUUGCAAAACACCGUACUGGGUUCUGAGACAUCUUGCAUCAUUACUAUAUCUGCUGAGCGUGCAAAACAGCAACAGUCAAUGACAGAUGCAAUUUUAUAAUCCACUGAGUCAAUUUUUGUUGUGAUAUUUGAUGACCUGGUAGGUAUCACAAUAAUCGUUGAGGGCAGCCCUUCUUCCAAUGGUAUAAUGUUUCUGUAAAGGCCAAAGCUUAUGCAGACAUAUACAGGCAGUCUAUCAUAAAAUACAUAUAUGUAUGCUGUACUUUUUGGCAUGUGGUAAAGUGAUGUCAUAAAUUUUGAUUCAACUACAUCAGACAGUAAUACCUCAUAACGUUCUUCCCCUAAUGGUCACACUCAGCGGACGGAACUGAAAGCGCAGUGUUCACACACUUCUCUUUAAUAAACACAUGAACGCCUUUGACAUGUGGUUUAAAUAAAUUGGCCGUACAAAGCAUGUAAGGGCCAUUAAACAUAAUCAUUGUGAUCCUGCAGCACCAUACUCUCCAUUGCGUUGUGUUUAUAGUGAUAUAAACCAGGUUUUUCCCUCAAAAAAAUAUCACUUUGUAACGUUGGCCGUAGCUCAACAGUCCCGUUGGAUUUGACUGUUAGUCGUCCCAGAACAACUGCUGGUGUUUUUUCUAUCCUCCCUUGCUUUUAUUGCUGUGGCCGUUCCUUACAUACUUGAGGCCACCAUGUCUGGGAUUCAGAGCAACCAUCUCAAGAGUUCCUCUGGGCGCCAGCCAAAAAUCAAGCGAGAAAUUAGGCAAGGGGAUAUAGGUGGGGGUUGAAGGAUGUCCAUGGUGCAGCAGCAGCUUUCUGAGGAAGGUCUCCAACUGCACUACCUCAUCAGAUUGAAAACAAUUGGAAUUUUCUCCUAAUCAAGCCCGUAAAAUUCCUUUUUUUUUCACCCUGGCUCUCGAUGGGGUGGCUGUGUUCACGUUUCAUUGUGCACCCAAUCACUGCUGUGGUCCAGGGUGGAUGUAUUUGCCAAAGACAGAUUUCAGUGUUGCUGUCUGGGUCACAGAUGAAGAAAGUGUUUGAGAAUGUUUAUCUAAUAAAUGGGGUCAUUGUUUAGAAAUGCUUUUAUUAGCAUAGCAAUAAAACAAAGAACUGAUGGCUGAGAACUCUUUGACCACUUUAAGCCGGUGCUGAGUGUUGGUGCAAAGUGCUUUUCUCAUGGUGGAUUAAUUUCGGGUCUUUAAAGAACAUAUAACAGAGAGUGUGAGCAAGACUUUCUCUGUUUUCAAAGUGUCUCGAGUUAGCAUUUAUUAAGACCUGGCAUUGAACAAAUGAAGAUUGAUAAAUCCAUUGAUUAGUUGAUGGAUAGUGGAUGACGUGAAGCUUUUUGUGUCGUUUACCAGGUGUGUAUGUGCCACCGGGCGGUGCAUUCGGACCAGGAGGAACUGGAAUAGCAGGAGCAGGUUAUCCUCAAGGUAACAUCCUCAAAUGACCAUCAGGAUGGUGUAGAAAUAGGACAUAGCCAUUUUCCACAAAUGUUAAGUUUGUGGGAAAGUUUUAAGGACAUAUUCAUAAAAAGGACAAAUUUAGGUUUGUAAUAUAACAAUUCAUUUGCUUGCACUUUAGGGUUAGGGUAGUUCUCACAAAUUCAGUCCUCUAUGUCACUCUCAUGCAUAUAUGCUCUCAUAUAGUCUGAUGUUUAAGAUAAGUGAAACUCAGAUAUAGUGAUGAAACACCAACACUGUGUGUUGUAUUGUUGUCUAAUUAAGUAAAGACUCUUGGAUGACUUGAAAUGGUCACAGUUAUAUAAAUGUUUUUUUCCCAAACCAAGACCAUGUGUUUUCUCAUAACACCCGGUUUAUUUUGAGCUCUGUGCUUAAUAUUAAUAUUGCACUGUGCUGAUGGUAUCAACACAAGAGGAUUGGCCAGUCUCUGUAGAAAUAGUUAAACCCUUAAAAUAAAACUCAAAGGCAUGCAUAAUGUAAGUGCUCGACACAAACAUCCUCACAGACUGGGGACAGGAUGCCACUGCAUGCUCUCCUGGUGUCUGAGAGAAUUUGAGAUACAAGUCAUGGCUUAAAACCUCUUAUCCCCACAUCACUACAUGUAGGUGUUGCAUAACUCAAUUUUAUUCUUUGAAAAAUAUAUAAUAUAAAUAUAUAAUACACUGUCUGUUUACUGUUUUAAAGGAGCUGGUGGAGGAGUUCCUGCAGGUUUUAAACCAGCCAAAGCUGCGGGUGAGUAAAGGUGACACUGUCGUAUGUUGGCUCACGUAUGUAUUAAAGAAUCACGUUUUUUUUCUGUGCUAUAGAUUUAAUAACUACCUGCAGGAAUCCAUGUUAAUUCACUCAUAGGUUAUUAGUAUAAAGCUUUCCCACAGUCAUAAAAGUUUAUUUAUUUUCCCAGGAGUUUAUUAUCUUAUCUGUGACUCUCCUAUAGGUGUAAAGCACAACCACAGAAGUUCUCUCUAGUAUGUGUGAUUUCACACAACUAUAACAGCCCUGUAUACACAGUCUGCUUUAAGCAACAGAUCACAGAGCACUGGCAGCACCCUGGCAUGGCCACAGCUACCAUUUGCAGGACACGUUUGAUCCAGUGCAUCUUUUUUAGUCAGUAGAAAUGAAGUCCUGUCAAGAGGAAGCACUGAUGUGAUGAGACUUGUAAGUUGUGAAACUGCGCUGUGUGUUUGAGGUUGUUCCUUGUCUGCAAGCUGCACCAGAGGGCUACGUGCAAGCUCAAGUUGGAGCGUCCAACAGUGUGCCCUUCAUUUGAGCAGAAUCAUGAAGAAACAGAUUGCUCCUCUCAAGACAAAUUCCCUGUCAGCACUCAGCUUUGAAUUGGUCAGAUCUGGAGGAAACACAUGGCCAGACUUCCCUGUCAAACCACCACAAGCUAAGAAUAAUUAUAUCCUCGGGAUAUUGCUGUGGCAAUAAACAAUGUGUUAGCCAGCCAACCACUGUGGUUAAGCCAGUUUGUUGGAAAGCAUUAUGGGGUUUAAGCUUCGAAAAUUUGUGGCCUGUUACUCAUUUCUCUAACACAAGCUCAGCAGUCAGGCAUUAUUAGCAUGAUCUUAACAAUGGUAGUGAUGACAAAGACAUGAGGAUAAGACAUGAGCACUGUUAGCCAACAAUUAUGAUGAUCAAACUUGACAACAGUAAUGCUUGUAAUCCCUUUAAUCACAGUAACAUCAGACUGUUUUUCAUCCUGAAAGUAGGAGGCUAUGGUGGUGUUGGGCCAGGUGUCCUGGGACUCGGAACAGGUAUGAUGUAUGAGACAACAACUUUCUUGAAUUAGUCGAAGAAAAUUAAAUAAAAAUCACAAAAGUCUUGCUCUUAUAUUUCCUUUUACUUUCUCUUUUUUCAACCCAACAGGACAAGGUGGAAAGCCUCCUAAGCCAGGUAAGUUAGAAAGUAUUGAUAAAAGGUAGUGUAUGGUAAGAUAAUGUAAUGUUUUGCGUUGUAGGUAAAUAUACCAUAUUUUACUAUAGAUUAAAAAAACAUGUUCAACUUCUCUCACAAAACCACAUCAGUGUUUAGUUUAUAGAGAACAAUUGCCUAUACUAUAUGCAGCUGUAAAUCAGUCUUGUAACAAAAAGGAAACAAAAUUCUUUCGGUUACUACGUGGAAAAUUCCUCAGUGUUGCAUACAGCUUGGCUUGGAAGGAAGGAAAUAUGCUAUACUGGUAUUGGAUGUAUAAAGUAGGUUAAUGGAUGGAAUGCAUUACAUAAAGCGUCAGAAAAGGGAGACCUGACCUGAAUCCGAGCCGUUGCUUGAGAGAAAUACUCUUUUGAUAGCUUUUUUUUUAACAACUUCAUGUUUUGACGGUUUCAGUUUACACUGGCUGUGCAUAUAUCUGACUGGGUGGGACCAUAUAGAGAUUCAACCUCUCCUACACCUCUGCUGUAUAAGGGAGUGAUGAUUGGCAGAGUGAAAACAACCAUCAACGCCUGCCAAACAAUGGUGCCAGAGCACUGAUUAAUGUUAUUGUAAUGUUAGACCCUUACAAUGUCUGGAAACCUCUGCGUUGGAAUUUAACACAGCCCUUCUCUCCGAUACUGUACUGUAAAUAUUUUCUUUAGCCGUAUUACAGUCUAUGCAGCAUUGGUACUUAGCAAUGUUUAGCCGUCGUUUAAUUCUUGUAAGCAUUGCUGAUAACAUCUUAGCCUACCUCUAUGUGUUGAGAAAGAUAAGGAAACAAGCAAUCGUCUUACAGUCCUGAUAACACAUGGAGCAGGUUACAGAAGGGUCCCCGGGGAGCGCCACAGCCCCACCCUCCAACAAGAACUACAGGAGAGCCAUUAUGUGAAAAUGACCUAAUAUCAAGUAUUUGAUGGAAGUUGACUUUGGCUGGGAUCAGUAAGGAAUUGUGGCCCUGGCUUUUGCAUGCAACUGGGUUGUCCCCGUACCUCACUGGUUGAAUAUGACUUAUUUUACAGAUGUUGAUCUUAGAAGCACCUCCUUGAAAUAAAAGCAACUUUGGUCAGGGAUCUCCCAAACUAUGCCAACCUCUGUAUGAAAAAAUAUAACCCCCUAAUGCAGAGAAAACAGCAAGGGGUCAGCUAAGGCUUUACAGAAUUUUGAAAUGAAAGACGCAACUUCAAAUCACAGGGGGUUGGUCAUUUGUUCUGCUUCAUGGUUGUAAUUAUAUUGAGUAAUCUCUGAACGAUGCUCUCCUGCAGUGGCGUCUUUCACCAAUUUGCAUCCUAUCAGAAAAUGACCGCAUGAAAUAAUCAAUAUCGGAUAAAAAGCAUUACAUGCCUUGUAAUUCUUGACUUUUUAUUAUUUUAAAAAAUCCUAAUAUGAAGCAGUCAAGGCUAUCACAAAAGCAAGUUCUGAACCAUUUAGUUAGAGUUUUGCUUUUGCCGCAGAAAACAUGCCAGGAGAAGUUUUAUGACACCGGCAUGCAAAACAACAUUAAGUCUUGUUAUAAAACUUGAAUGCAUAAGGUAGUAAUCUGUUUCUCAGGGGAAACAAAUGCCAACAAUAACUGAUUGAUCUCUCUCUCUCUCACACACACACACAUACACAUUAAGAGAGCUGCCGUUUACCCUUCAUAUAAGCCAAGCGGUGACAUUGCAUUCCACAGAUACGCACCUUGCCUGGCCAGUAAUGGAGAACAGCAGCUGGCUUUGUGAGUAGCGUGACUGCAGUGAAUUGUGGUGUAGCUCAUGCAAGACCUUGUAAAUGUUAGACUAAUUGUGAAGUCUGUCAGCAUCCAGCUUUGACAAAACACUGAAAGUUUGAAGGAGGAACUUUCUUCUUAUAAACAGCUGUUGGACAGUGUUUUCUUUCUCGUAUCGCUUCAAGCAAAGGUGGACUCGAUCUUCAUGGAGUGAUUACAAAUUUGGCUUUUGUAGGCUCGCCGCUUGUCACUCUUAAGCAGUGUAAAAGCUGUAAACAAGAAACACAUUACAUGUAACUGCUUUCUCUGUUGAUGUGGUUUUAAAGUACCAUUAAAGCCGUCUGUUUUAGGUUGAGAAAGGAUGUGUCUGGGUGGGAUGUGUGAAGUAUGUGUCCAAGGUUAACUCGCAGGUCAUUUGCAGUGCUUGUGGUUGCCACUUGCUCUGCGUGCCAAGAUAAAUGAACCAUCUCUCAAUACUCAAUAUAGUCAUGAGCAUAACUUGGCAGUCAGCUCUUUAUCAGUGUCCAGGAAGCAUAUAAAAGGUGGUGCAGAUGGAGGUGUGUGGAAGUUAAUAAAAGCAACCAGGUGGGUUGGCUGGAGUUUCCUGGGAAUAAGUAUUAUCAAGUAAAGGCCCUGCUUGUUCGAACAAUUUUUCAAAUGAUACUUCCUCUGUUGCUCUUAGUUCAAAUUUGAGGGUAGACAGUUAAUCACGGAAACAAGGAGUCGGCUGUUAGUCAAAAUUAACUCAUCAAGUUGACCGGCAAUGAUGCUGUGCAUGACCCCUCAUGACGCUUGAGUUCCAUCUAUGACCAGCAAGCCAAAAUAAAGAAUCAAACUGACAAUGUUAAUGUGAUAAUAACCUACUCAGCCUCACAUUGUGAUGCAAUACAACUCAACAGCACUCCCUUAUUAAGGUGGGAUUGAAUGCGGUGCUGUUGCUAGACUGUAUGAGUUAAGAAUAUCCAAUGAGCUGGCAGCUGGAUGUAUAUAGUCAUCACUUCUUAUUGAAUCUUUAUUUUGUGUCCUCACUGCCACCUAAUAAAUAAAAUAAUGAGAAGUAAUGAAAAAAAUAGGGUGUGUGUUUCAAGUAAUUAUGUUUGAGAUAAAAAUCGUGCUUGGAAAACCUUCAAUACAAAUAUAAUUUGAGAUGAUUCAUUACACUGGUCAGUGUAGCAACAUGUCUCUGGGAUUUGUUAUGACACAGCUCUAACAUUUUGGAUCUAAUGAUCUCUGUGACAACAGGCCAACCUGCAGUACAGCAGAGAUUUGGCCAACACUUCAACUCCAAUUUGAAGCUGGACUCGCUUUCUGGCUGUUUCUCGAAAUACUGCUUAUAUCUGGUUACCGAGAAAAUUGUUAAUUCACCACCCACCGAGUCAUUUUAAAGUAGAAUUUAAUAUAAUAUGUAUCUGUCUGCAAUUGAAACCUCACUCAUCUAUACAACUUAUCUUCUGGUCCAUCUGCAGACCUGUCUGGUCCAUAUUAAAUUAAAGAGAGGUCGCAUCAGGGUCAACAUUUAAAGAAGCAGUAAGAGUAUUUGACUGCUUCAUAACAGGAAGAUAAAAACAAAUCAGACGAAUGAAAUGAAAAGAUAGAUUGGAAAUGGGAGGACAGAAGAGCCGGAGUGAGGCAAAAGAAACGGAAAGCACCAAUAAAUCUCGAACACACUGACGACUGUUUGUCACAGGCACUCACCUCCAUUAAAAAAACACAUCCUGUUUUGUACACAUUGAUUCAUGCAACACACAUGCGUAGAGGGUUUUGCUGAAAGACGAGACUGAUGGAUUGAGGUGAGGAUGAAAGUGUUUAGCUAAAAGAAGAUGAGCUUGGAGGAGGUUCAGCCUCCUGGAGCACACAUGCUUUUCAUUACCAGCUCAGACCUGUCUAGGUCUUUGAGCUGUCAGAGACCGAGAGCAUCUGCAUGUGAAUGUGCAUGACCAAAGAGUGUAUGUAAAUUUGUUUAUGGUCUUCAUAUGUGUGUAAUUAUAAGUCCAUGUGGGAAAAAGCACACACACACACAACAAAAAUAAUGACUGUGUGUCUUCUUCAGACGAUAUACUUGUUUAGACUAUGUGAACCACGGUAAUUUCCUCUUUUAUUGCACACUGAUGUUUCCUCAUCCUCCCCUCAGUCUGUUUUACACCGGGUCUCUGUGUCAAGUUUUCAGUAUUUUGGAACCUUUAAUGUCUGCCAACGAGACCUUUUAUAACACAAUCACAACACCGCUCUCACUAGACUCAACCCACCUGAUGUAAACAGAACCAGCACAGCUUAUUUGUUAACACUGGGAGGACCUGUUGCCCCAGAAGUGACUCGUCUUGUUUUGUGUCAUCAUUUUUCUGUAAUCACACAAAGUUAUCUUGUAAAUUAGAGUUUUAUUUGCAUUAGGCAGAUAAGAUCAGGGCUCAGUGAUUUUUAAUUUUCACCUCAUCAUUCAAACAUGUGACUGGUUACAGUUUUCCAGCUCCCUGGCCUCAAACCAGCUUGUUUUCCGUUAUGUUUUCUUGGGUUUUCUCUAGUUACCACCAUUGUAAUUGUUUCCCUUCUUCACAGUGUUAGUUGAUGAGCCAUCCCAUAUUCUCCCAACCUCUCCCAUCUUGGGUUUGCCAGAAGGUCUGGAGCAUGGACCACCAUACUUGUCCAUCUGGCUGCCUGGUCUGUUUAUGUAGUGAUGAGGAAAUUCCUUGCCCUUAUUUCCUCAGGAGUCCACGAAGAUAGAUCACCAGUUAAACCACCUUGUUGCAAUCAUUGGUGGGAGUGGACCAGAGUCUGUUAGAUUAGGAAGUCUGUUCUGGGGAUAUGUUGGUCUAUGGGGAACAAAAAUGCUACCUUUGUACUUUAGCAGAGGCGUUACAACAUCUUUAUCUUGAUAUGUGACUUUAUUACACCUGUCCACUCCUGGUUUAAUCCAGGCAAUGUCUGGUGCUUGAUUCGGUUGAACUUGAGACUUAGGCAAAGUGUAAAUCAGAAAACUUUUUGCGUUGUAUUUUGAUGCAGCUUGGAGCAAUAUUUUUAAAACUACUUACUGGUUUUGAUGGUUUGCACAAAGGUGUAUUUAAGUAAGUACAUGGUUAUAUAUUUCCUCCUUUUUUUAGUAAAUCUUGCAUUCCCAUGAAGGUUUCAGUCACUGGCAUUAUCUCAGCUCUGAGAAAUGUUUCUGGUUUGUGGAUUUCUCAACACUUAUCCAGAGUCAUUGUUGGACUAAAUGACUUGUGAAGAUGAAUUGAUUUUAAAUGAGUUCAGCCUUGGCUUUUAAGGACUUAUAGGUAUCCUGAUGUGUAGCAAUACCUCCACAUACAUGUAAUGUACAAUUUAGUAAACAGCUGUCCCGUGUCAGUGAUGCAAUUAAUCUAUCUUACUUGUUUCCUUUGUAGAGCAUCCCAUGUGUUUGUCAUGGUGAAAUGCUUCACAUGGCUGCUCAGUGAUCAUAGCUUUUGUAAUGACAGGGGAACUUGGAAACUCAAUAAGUCUAACGUCAGCGCUCCAACGUGCAUGUUUUGAGUCGAGUCAGCCUUAGGAAAACUACUCUCUUUCCUCAACCCUGAGUUGUCAGAAAAGUAUUCAGUGGAAUGGCAGAUGCAUAUGUGAACCAUCUGGAAAAGGAAACACACUUGGCCAACUUUACAUACCAUGGCCACCAGCUGUGUUUGUAGACUCGAUCUUGCCCAUGCAUCAUUUCCAAAAUGCAACUUAACAAGACAUAAAAUGCACCAAUUAAAUAUUAGCAGCUUUUAAAAGUUGGAUUCUUUCAGUGCAUUUGUACUUUUUCGUUUCACAGUCGACUUUAAUCCAGGCAAUGUCUUUCUUUCUUAUCUGCAUGCCUUUACAGUACAUGCUUUGAUUUUGCGUGCCAAGCUAAAAUAGGCCAUGGUAUGAGCCCUGGGUUAAGGAUACUCUUUGAACAUCUUCAGGGGCUCAGUGUUGGCAGAGAAACAGUGAUGUUCUUUUGGAGGUUUUAGAGAAGAAUAGCCGGGGCUCUCGGCUCUCACAGAAACUGGAGAAAAGCAGAGCUGUUUGCUUGACUUGUAAGCUUAUAGCAUAGCAUGUUCUGCUCCGUAUGACUUGAAGUUUAAACAAUGACAUCAAAAAACUCAGUGGACAUGGUUUUAGGCAUAAUGUACCAAUUAGCAUAGUUUGAAAUAAGGGACAACUGUAUUGGUCUUUGCACAGAUGUGUUUGAUGUAAUGCAUGUGUGUGUAUGCGUAGAGGUGAGAGACUUAAGAGCACCCAGGCUGGUGAGGUCAGGCACCCAGGGACGUCACUUGGCAAAGCAGGUCAAUUUGGCACUGGGGCAGUGCCUGUGAUCCACAGGACAUGUAAUAGUGACUUUUACAGUUACAGUUAAUUUGGAACCAUUUGUAAGACUCGCUCAAAGCCUCAUGAUGCGUGUGUUCUGUUGCCCAACAGCGUGGGCCAAAGUUGCUUCAUCAGUCUAAGUGCUGACCACAUAAUGAAACAGCACACAUUCUCCCUUUCAGACGUCCCCCCAUAAAACUCAAAAGUGACCACCCAUAUCAGCAAUGUCUCACGACACUCACUCAACAGUUUGGAUGUCGAGUUACAUUUCACAGAUUUUGACCUGGAUGCUGACCAGAAGGCGAGGAUUUUAGAGAAUGAGGCAACCCUAGACCCUGUCUCUGUUUGUCUGUAGGAGCCCUGGCAGGAGUGCGUUUAGGGUCAUCUGGCAGAGAUGGAGACUGAGUCUUUGGGACCUUUCAUUGAUAGUGUCAAUGACUCCAUGGAAAAGGAAAGCAAAAACAAUAAAGGGCCUGACGCCAAAGUUGGCUGGUUCACACCAGCCAGAGAGAGACAAAGUUUGUGUGCGCUGGUGUGACUGUGUGAAUGCUUAAUUAGUUCAACGUGUGUCCAGUCCUGCUUCUCACAGUUCGAUGCCUCUGACUGACAGCAAAGACAACCUGGAAGUGACAUGGAGCAAGUGGAGGUCACAGGAAAGGAAGGGAAGGAGGCAGUGAGGGGAGCUCCAGUGUGUCCACUUGUCUCACGCGAUCUGGAACCAUUACAGCGCCCCGCAUUAUUAUGCUUUCAUCUAGCUCGUCCUGCGUCAACUUGUAAGAAUGCAAUCUAUCUGCUAACUUGGAAGUGGAACGGUGUGAUAAUUUGAUGCUGAUAAAUUCUGGUGUCACGACUGUGAAGGACAUAAUGAUGGGCUUAGCUUUCAAAGUGGAAAUUUUUAUGGGACCACGGCCGAAGAACAGACCUUGCCUGUCAAUCAAGUAAUAUGCAGAUUCUCUGAGGGCCUUCUGGCGAGACGUUGGAGAUGAAGUUAUCAUGAAAAUUUUCCAUGACAUUUGAGAAAAUUAGAAGAUUUUCGUUGCCACAGCACGCUUCCUUGCUUCUUAAAAUGUGUCUUUUCUCUGUUUGCAUUAGCCCUUUGAUUUUGUGUAAUAGGACCUUGUGAUGUUUUUGUGGAUUGGCUGGAGUUUCAAGCCAUAUUAAAAAGAAAUAUUAGAUGUCAACAAUCCUCCUCCCUUUUCAAUAAACAAACAUUUGUUCUUAGAUUACUUCCUUGAUUAAAAAUUACCUAAAACAAAGAAAACAGUGAGAAAUAAAUCCCAAGACAUUCCUGGACAUUCCAGACCUCCAGCUCCAAAGUCUUCACUCUGUGCGUCUGCCGACAGUUGCCGUGGACCCGAGCCAUGAAAUUCCUUGCUCUCUUAAAUUAAACCCUUCAACAGGCCCAGCUGGAUCGCAAAGUCAGGAGAAGAAGAGUGGGGGAGGAAAAGGGAGAUGGAAAGAAGCGAGAAAAUCCAUCUUUCAUUGCUCACGUUUGGCUUCCUCUGGUUACUGCUAUUAACACCUCAUGUCUGGUCAGCUCAACUUCUUAGACACCAGUUGGAGAGGAAGGAGAAUAAGAUGCAGAACUAGAGAGAAGAGAGUAAGAGCAAGGGUCUGUGAUCAGAAGACAAUGUUUUGAUUAAUGUCCCUUGUAUUUCUCUGGUCCUGAAACACAGGAUUACCUUACUCAACCCCAACGGAGCUUGAGCAGGACGGUUGGGUUGAUUUUCAGAUUGAAAGCAGAUAUUUCUGUUCCCCCCCCUGGCUCAUAUUCAUCACUUGAAUUUGACCCAAGAUUGAGAACAUGACUGGUGACUGCGAAAACUAGCCACGCUGUCUGGCCAGUUUUACUGCAACAUCAGCUUCCAGUAGGAGUACUAUUAUGCACCGUAACAGAGGACCGCAGGAGGCAGGAUUUGGCCUGUCUGUCAGUGCAUUUCCAUCCCAAUAAAAACAAGACUCCUUUGCCUCUGAAGGACAAGAUUUGUAUUUAAUUGCAGAUUCACUUGCAAUCGCGAUGCUCCGCCGUGCAAAUGUCACAUUUUAUCUCGACAACCUGCUGGUGCACCUGCUAUGGCGCAGCUGUUAAAGCUGGAGCUCUUCUUUCCUGAAUGGAAACUGGCUGGUAAACCAUGUUCCUCUCACUUUUUUUUGUAAAUUUAAAUGGAGGAAACUUUGAUGCAUUGCAGGCCGCCUCCACUAGCCAUCCAGUUCCUUUGGCCUCCAGUUCUCCCUCCUGUGUAGUAUUGAGUUUCUGUCCCUUCCAUCCACGAUACACAGCGCUGACCUUUUGUAGAGUUGAUUUGUCCAAAGUCCAGAGGCAGUUGGUUUCAAGUGGUCUCCAGGGCUUCCCAUUAUGCCUUGAGGGUCACUGAGAAAAUAAGCCGCUACAUUAGUGCGCAGAAAUCCCUCAGCUUGUCAGCAAUCAGCUAAAUACUGGGAGCAGCACCCAAGAAAAGCUGUGAUUUGAUAUCAGGGUCACGGUGCAGACUUUCCAUGUGUGUGGUUCAUGACAACAAACAACAUCGGUGUCGACUUCCAGUAAUGUGUGAGCUAAGACAGGUCCACUAGUGUGAGCUGACGUCCUGUAACAAUAGUCGUCCAAAAAAAGCUUGCUUGUUUGAGCUGACAGCAUCAGGUAUGGCUAAACAGAGAGCUUUUGGACCUUCCAUCUCACAAAAUGGACAAUUGCUGGUAAGAUGCCAAACAGAAAGUGAUCCAGAUUUGUUAACAGGUCCUCUCACUCUGACCCUGAACGUUCAUAACCUCAGGGGUGGUAUCUUUUACUUAAGAUCUUGGGAUUUCUCCUCUGCCUAGUAGUGAUGUCAGGACUACAUUGAAUAAAGAUCCUUUUCUCUUCUACUUUGUCUAAACUAUUUAACAGCCUAAACCUGCGUUCAUGGUCACACACAGAGCCGCACAACUUCUCCGACCAACUUCUGUAAGUCUGCAUUCUGUCUCCUAUUGGCCUCAAAUAUUUAACUCAACGUGGCAGGUGCUGGUUGGCCCUGAGCGCUACUGCCAAAAGCAAGGCCGGGUCGUGCAUGUGUGAGUACAGGUGGGCCGGUUGAUGGAUGAGAAAGCUCAGCAUCUCCACGGUACGGUCUGCCUUCUUUUUUUCUCUCUUCGUGUAUUUCGUCCAGCGACCUAAUCUUUGCUGCAUACUUUCAACACUCACACUGACAGGCAAAUUCACCUCAGACUGUCAGAAGAGACGUUCUGUAAUCUGUAGGCUGAACCAGACAGUAUCGUCUUAAAGCAAGAUUUCACGCCAGACUAGGAAAUCUUAAGGGUUUUAAGUAUCAACAAUGUUCCAAAUGUCCAUUAAUUAUGUUGCAUUACUGUCAGUCCUUUAACGCUGUAAUGGUAUGUGGAGCUCACUUAUAAAAAUGAGAUAAAUGAGGGUUGUCAGGGCGAGUGACACUGGGGAAAAGAAAAGCCCCAGUCCACUCUGAUUUAUACAACAAUUGAUUAUGGUUGUUAUUACUUCGAGGUGUGCUUGGAGAUGGUUGUGCAAUCCAGCUGAAAGCUUUGAAGAAGAUGGAUUAAUGCAAGGAUGCUUAGCCGAGCGUCUGAGCUCGCAUUGCAUGCUCAGUCUGUUUGCCAAGCUCUUGGCAAGGCCAGUGCCCACAUUUGUUUUGACUAGAUCAUGAAACUCCACACUUUCAUAUUCCUCUCUGUAUCUCCCAGCACAUUCCUCCGCCUCUUCGUCACUAUCAUUACCUGCUGGACUCCAAAGCUUUCACCUCGACUCUGAUCAGUCCGUCUUUCUCUCUCCUCCCUGUGUUCGGCUUGUUUCCCAUGCUUAGUUGCUCUCACCCCAGACGUUUUGGCUUAUAAGAAUGGAUGAAAACAAGUUUCUCAGCGGACAAGCCUGCUGGAAGGAAUCAGAUUUCUUCUUGUAGCAAAAACAGUCAUUACUCCUGCAUGUUUGUGUCUGACUGGGGAGCUUGCUGAACUCAUAGCUUCUUUUAAGACAACUCUAAGAAAUGAAAGUCAGUAUCAUGCUCUCCAUUUGAUGUGAAGUAAUCCCUUAAAACUUUAAACACUAUCUGGAGAUACUAAUGUUCAACUUUGGUAUCUAAAACUGAACACUAUCCAACUUUUUACUCGCUGUAUCUUUUUACUGGAUAAAGAUAUGGCACUUGUAUCCUAACAUGCUUUAUUUACUGCUAUUUCUUUUUAAAACACCUGUUAUUAGGAGGGCUGCACUUUCCUUUUUUGGGCUUCAAACUGAAAGGAUGUUUUAGUUCUUGUAUCAUAAGCAGCUGUGGUCUUUGUUACCCACGUCCUUCGCCUUGUUCCACAAGUUUUUCCUUUUCUCUAUCAUCUCCCAGCAAGUUUUUGUUCCUGUCAGCAAGCAGGAACCCAAGCUGGGUUAUAACUUUAUUCAUGGAUCAUUUCAAGCCAAAUGACUUUGAAGCUCAUGGAUAGGUUUGGGGUUUUUGUAUCAGAAAGAACUAACAGCUCCCUCCAGUGUUGAGAACAAAGCAUAACCAGAGGGUCAGAUCUAUUCCAGGUUUAGUCUGUCAUUUUUUCCUUCACAACUCAACUGCCUGAUUUUAUUUCUUAUCCAGGUUAUGGCAAUAUAGGUCUUGGUGGAGGAGGUCUUGGAGGAGGAGGUCUUGGAGGUGGUGGCUUGGGAGUUGGUGGCCAUGGCGGCGGUGAGUACCUGAAAAUGGAUCAGAUUUGUUUGCCUGUGUAAGCAUACAGAGGGUGUAACUUUCAGUUGACUGUGGGAUAAAACACAAUGUCAAACUAUUAUCAUAACAUCAUUUACCAACACACUCUCACCUGCUCAUCUUGGUUUCCUUUAGGUGGUUACGGAGGAUAUGGAGGAGUAGGCGCAGGGGGCUUUUUCCCAGGUGGCGUUGGGCAGAAGGCUGCAAAAAGAGGUACACCAGAUGGAUAGAAAUAAAACAUCAGUCAUGAAUUUGAAUGCUGACGUAGUUUUAGUUCAUUAUGUCAUUGUAAUUAAAACUUAAAAUAGAUUUGAGUGGUAAAACUUUAGGAGCACUUAUCUGAGCGCAUCUCCUAAAAAGGUGAUUUCUGAGUCAAGGAGGGGAAUUAUCAAUUAAAUGGAGCAUAAACGAGAACAGAGAGGACUCUGAUGUUGAUGAGGCCUUUAAAAAUACACAUUAAACUUGACCAUACACGAAAAAUUAUGCCUUUUCUUUGUCCUGGUUUGGUGUAACUGGGCAUAGUUUGAAUACAACCUUUAAAGAGAAGAAAAAAGUUGGUAUGGUGAAAACUCUUGGACUCUGGUCUGGUUUCUGGUUUCUUCAAGGUUUGUACUAAAAGAUCUCUGCAGGUGGAAUUCCUGUAAUGAGCCAUUUGGAAUGACGUGUUUCCUCUUUUUGUUAAUUGAGUUUUUCUGUUUUAUUGCAAACUCUAUUUUAUUGCCAACAGGUACUCAAUCAGACUUUGCUCACUAUGAAUUCACCAUAGUGGUGUCUCUGCUUAUCUUCAUUCAACAGGGUUUAUGCUUCAUGCGAGUGUGUUUUGUCUCUUAUACAGAGCCCAGCAUAAGUUAGUACGCCCCCUAUUAAAAGUAAUGUAUUACUCAAUAUCUAGAUGAGCAAAAGUACAAUUUCCAAAGUAGUGACAAAGCUGAGUUUGACAUAACAUUUUACUUACCGUAGGAUGAAAAUAAGAGUGACAUGGUAACUAAAAUUUAGCUUUGCUCCCAGAACUUUGAUUGGCGUGUACUCAUUUGCAUCCUGAUUUUAAACUGAAAAAAAUACUUAAACUGCAACUUAAAAAAUUCUGGUUUGCAAUCAAUGGUAUUUUGUUGUAUAGUCUGACAUAGAAAAUGUUGAUUUUGAAAGGAAACUAAAGGUUCCCUGACAACUCUAAAGCGGUGUACUCAUUUAUACUGAGCCCUAUAUGCCUGCAGCACACUGUCACUCAGUCAAGGCCGCUCAGUUGUUAAUCCUUGGUAUAUAUAUUUCACAUAAAUGUCCUAUAUGACUAAAUACGGAUAAAAUAUUGUUAUCCUCAAUGUGCAGGAGGUCUUCUGCGGCCACAUGGAGGUGAGCAGGUUUUUGGCCUGAUAACAGACUACUGUUAAAAUCCAAACUUUGCUGAAUUCUGACACAAAGCUUCUUGGAACUGCGGUAGAUUUGCAUGCUCACAUGUUUCAGAAAAGCCAAAAUGAAUGUUUUGCAUUACUGCAGACUGAAUGAAAAACACUCUGUUGCAAACACAUGUUCCUGUUUUCAUUCUACCUGCAAAUUUGGACACUUUGUUCUUCAGAGGAGCCCAGCAUGACCUGAAAGUUUGUUUUCUCUGUGUGCACAUGAGUUCCUUUACGACUGAGCUGGCUGAUUAACUACCAACUCUGGCCGGCCCAAUCAUGGUCAGAGCUGGACAAUAACAAAAAGCUUGUUUGGCAAAGACAAAACUGUUGUCCCCAGAAACUGCCUGUAAUCUUUUUAUGACACUCAGGAAAAAAAAAUGAUUACUUCCAUUUUAACGGAACUGAUAAAUCAAAACAUUCACGCCAAACUUUUCCUCACCAGAUCUUCACAGGCCAAAUACUUACAAGCAGUGCGCAAUGUCUGUCCAGUCAACGUGUGGGGAUUUCAAGAUUAAAGUAUGUAGAGUUUAAACAAAUAAACCAAUGUGUUUUAUACUGCUGCCAAGCUCCUUUACAAGUGAACCUGACAGCUCAUUUCCUGCAUAAGGGGAUAGCCAAAGAAAUGAGGUACUGGAUGAGGCAAGGCGAAUGUUGUGCAUGCUGACUGCCUCUCCUGAUCAGGUUAAAAGUCCACGGUAUUAUUGUUAAUGAUGGGGUGAUGACAGACUUUUUAAGGCAGCGUAGGAUGCUCUCACUACCAACGGGCAGUCAGAGGAUCUUAGUCCCUGCAGAUGAGGUCAAGUUCAUCACCAGUUACUUCUCCUCUUCAGUAUCUGAGGGCCCUCUAGUGGUUAUUGCAAAUACAAUUGUAGAAUAAUUGUUUAACAAGGUUUUCACUUAAAUGUUCGCAAUGAAAUCUUCAAAUUCAACUUCACAGAGGGUAAAAUUAAACCAAAAACUGUAUCUUUCAUAUGAUAUUUUAAUGUCUGUAUGUUAUGUUCACAAACAGGGACUGGAGUAGCUCUGCCGGGGGCUGGAGGAGUUCCUGGAGGCACAGGAACUGGAGCUGCAGUGCCUGCUGGAGGUAAGACAAACAUAUUACAAACUUUCAAGUCUUGUGUAUUCUCCCUUGGAGGCAAGAAUCACACCAACAGUUGUUUGGACUGCAUGUUUGGAUGAGAAAGAUAUGCAUGUUUUAACACUGUAUAUUUGUGUGAUGAGUCAAGUAACAGAGUUUCUUUCUUCAGCACCUGUUAUUCCUCAGACUGGCCUUCCAGGAGGGGCCGGUCCUGGAGCUGGAAAGAAAGCAGCCAAAGUGCCAGGUUUUGUAGACUCAACAAUCAUCUCACAUGGCUGAAUGCAGGCUGGAUGCAGAUCAACAGACAGCAGAGCUGUAGCAGAUUCCUUUUCCAUUGCAUGUGGCAUGGGUUCAGUGUCUGGAAAUUAUUUGUAACAUUUUGCUAAUUAUUGGCCAAAUCAAGAUGUUUAACAAACUUUGAUUCUGCGCUUAUUAUGUUGGCCCCCCUUCAUGUUGGAUUAUAAACCUUGUGUUAAAUCAGCUUUUAGUGAGAUAAUUAUGCACAGACUGAAAUCUUGCUUGCAGUACAGAAAAAAAAUCAAGGUGUUGUUUUAUCAGAAAAGCUGAUACCGUUGGCUCUAGGGACUAUGAAAAAUGAUUAAAAGAAAAUAAUUAAUCACAUACCCAUCUCAAGAUGUGUGUGUUUACUAACACCAAUACCUUUUUUUUUAAGUUUUAAUUUUUUUAAAGUGAGAUCAUGACAAAACUAUUAAACAUAAAUCUAAUAUUAUGUUUACAGUAUUUCACUGAUUUUAAUGAAAGAUGAAAAGAUAUCUUAAAAAACAUCAGCAGACUCCAGCCUGGUUUUGCUGCAUCCUGUCUUACUCUUUUUGUCAUCAUAUUUAGUUUUAAUCAUGUGGAGGCCGAUAGUUAUCCUGGUCAGCUUUGUCGAGGAUACUUCAAAAAUCUAAAAACUACGGCUUGUGCUUUUUUUUAAUGUGGAUGCAAAAGCAGAAUAAUAAUCUCUCACUGACUGUGGCAGGUGUGGGUGUGCCUGGACUUUACCAAGGUGGACUGGUCCCUGGGAAAGGUUUGUUAUGUUCAUAUUUUAAAAGGGAUACUUUUAUAUAAGAGUUGUAUGCAGACUUACAGUAAUGUUUUUAUAUAUAAAGUAUAUGCUUACUAUUGCCCCCUUUAGGUUUUGGUGGGCGUGGAGUCCUCCCUGGGGUUGCCACUGGUAACGGCCUGAACCCCAAAUCAAGUAAGAUUUACUUUAACUCACAAGAAUAGAAUUUCUUUCUUUUAUGAAAUGUUGCUUGAGCUGAUUUUAAUUGGGCACUUGAAUUUUCAUUGUUUUACAAUGAGAUAUAGAAACAAAUAGAUGGUUAAAGGGAGUUUUAGGAGUUUUUUGGACUGUGUCUGGUAUCCUAUCAUGCAGUAAAGUGAGAGAAGCUCACUUACUCUAUUAAAACUCUGAAAACAUCCAAAGUCAGCCAAAAAGAUAUCAAGAUGGGAGUAAAAUUUUAGAGUCGUCUGUCCGGGGAAGGGGUCAAAAAUCAUUCAGGACUCGGGAAUCAGCGGCUGUUAGUUCACAGCAGGGUCUGGUUUUAUCAGGGGUUCAGAUGAAGACACUGGGAGCAGAGAAUCCUUGAGAAGGGCUGACCUCCUCAGAGUUUGAGGUCUGAGUUAUUUUUAUUUUGAUGUAACUACAAAAUGAUUUUUUACUUAUUGGAUUGUAUGGUGUAUUUUCAUUACAGUUGCUGGGGGAGGUGGUGGUGGUCAAGUACCAGGUAAACUACCUUUGUGAUAUUUUAGACUCAUAAACAAAGACAUCUUUAUCAUUAAGUACGACUGAUAUGAGAUGGUUAAGUUUGAAAUCCUCUCCUGCAGGAGGGCGUGGGUAUGGUGGACCAAUGCAGCCAGGAGUGUUUCAUGGAUACCCACUAAAAUCCCCCAAAGUGCAAGGUGUGACCUGAAUCUUUACAGCCUUCUUUUUGUGUGACAUUGACAUUUUAUAUUACUUAUGUCUAUACUGUAUAUCAAACUUGUGUCUCUUUUUUUGGACAGAUUUCAAGUUUAUAGAGGUAUUCAUCAAACUGUCUUUGUUUCAUUUCUCUGUAGGUGGCUAUGGAGCAAAACCUGGUGGUGGAAAACUUCCUUUUGGUAAAAGAAAAAUAUAUAUUUUUUUAAAUAUUUUGUUUAAUUGUAAUGAUGGUAUAAAUCACAAUGACUUGCAUGUCUUGUGUUUCAGCUUAUGGUGGUUUUGGUACUGGUGGCGGUGGACUUCCAGGAGGACAGGCUGGUCCUGGGGCAAGGCCUGGUUAUCCGUUUGGAACUGGUGUGUGUGUGUGUGUGUGUGUGUUUUUUUUUAUCUCUUUAUGGAGGAGACAGGAAAUGUUUGAUGACAUUUAUAUUUUUCUCUCUGCAGGAGUGGGCCCUGGAGGCAUCUCACCUGCUCAGGCCAAAGCUGCCAAAUAUGGUAUCAAACCAAGAAAAUGAGUUCUGUUCAAGAAGAACUUUAGACCCUUACAUUUUAGCAGAAUGUUUAGAUUUUUAAAUCAAUUUUUUAUGCUCUUAGCUGCAGGCUUGGGUGGUGCUGGAGGUGUACCUGGCCUGGGAGGUGUUGGAGGAGUUGGAGGAGUUGGAGGAGUUGGUGGAGUUGGUGGAGUUGGAGGAGUUGGUGGAUUGUAUCCAGGGCAGGUGCCAGGAGGUAAGUUAUCUUGCUUGCAAUCAAAGAUAUUGGCGGUUCUCAGAUUCACUCGCUGGUCUCAAAGAAACAAAUUUAUGUUGUUGUGCUCAUCCCCAUGUUGUGUCUCUGUCCUGCUGAACUAUAAAUGAUAACAUUUGAUUUCUGUCUUGAAUAUUUAAUUGCAGGAUAUGGAGCUGCGUCCAAGGCAGCUAAAUAUGGUGAGGACUCCCAUGGUUUUGUGUGAGAUUAGAGCAAUGUCAAACCCUUAUUGUCACACUUUUUUCACUUUCCUCUGUUCUGCUUCCUGGACAGGGGUCCCUGGUCUUGUACCAGGUGGGGUACCCGGUGGUGUCCCAGGUGGGGUACCUGGUGUUGUACCAGGUGGGGUACCCGGCUUUGUCCCAGGAGGGGUACCCGGCUUUGUCCCAGGAGGGGUACCUGGCGGUGUCCCAGGAGGGGUACCCGGUGUUGUCCCAGGAGGGGUACCUGGUGUUGUACCAGGAUAUCAAAAAGCUGCUAAAUAUGGUAGGAUAUCUAUAAUUUAUGAUCAUGGCGUUACAAUUACAAAAUACUUACUCAUUCUGGGUUACCUAUACUCGCUGUAUUUAAGUAUUGUUUUUCUGUCCUUUGGAAACAUGCUCUGCAGGACUGGGAGGCGCAGGAGGACAGUUAGGAGCCGGAGGAUAUGGAGGAACAGGAGGACAGUUAGGAGCCGGAGGAUAUGGAGGAACAGGAGGACAGUUAGGAGCUGGAGGAUUGGGAGGAACAGGAGGACAGCUGGGAACUGGAGGUGUGGGGGGAGGUUAUUCUGCAGCUGCCAAAGCUGCUAAAUACGGUAUGAAGUUUUGUUUUAUUGAGUUUUCUUAAUCCUUGCGGAAAAACUUUUUGAACUCUAUCUUGUUGCCUAUCACAAAUCUGUACAGCAGAUGUACAGUGGGAUCAUAAUGGCAUAAGCCGAUCUGAAACUAAAAUUCAUUCUAUUUACUAAAUAAAUGGAUCCUUUUUUUAACUGUAUUUUCAUAAAGCAGUAUCAACACAUAAAUCUUGUUAUACUGUCUCACUAACAGCUCAAGAGAGUCUUAUAUUAUACUAAAGCGGUUGUACCAUUGCCUCGCCAUUCUCCAGAUAAAGCAGUUAACAAAUACAAACAUCUAUCUUGGCAUGCACUUGAACUGGUAAAAUCAGCAACCAAAGAAAUAAAAUUAAGGCUAAACAAUGACUAGAAUUACUCAAGCAACCUCACCCCCUUCAAUAAGACAUUUAGGCCAACAACAGGCUGAAAUUGUGACUCUAUCCUGGUAAAUUUACAAAUAUUAUUACAUAUUAUUACAUCUUCAUUUUUUAAAUUCAGAUAUCUGCUUUUUUCCUCAUAAAUUUAUUAUUUGCUCAAUUUUUGUCUCCACAGGAGUAGGGGGACUAGGGGGCACAGGAGGAUUGGGAGGAGCUGGAGGAUUGGGAGGGACAGGAGGAUUUGGAGGCACAGGAGGAUUGGGGGGAACUGGAGGACUGGGAGGAGCUGGAGGACUUGGAGGAGCCGGAUACUCUGCUGCUGCCAAAGCUGCUAAAUAUGGUAACUUUGAUUUCCUUUAACAAAAUCCGAGAUUUUGUUCGAGUGAAAAUACAUGAGGCAGGGAGUACCAAAAACCAGAACACGAAAGGUGCUCACAUAAGUGGGAAAGUAACAGUGAUGUGGCAUACAUAUAUAUUUAUUAUAAUACCAGAUAAAACUUAAGGCUCACUGUGAGAAGAGGGGUGGAAUAAGUUGUGUAAAAUAUAGCAACUUUAAGAUCUGCGUAAAGAAAAGUGAAUCCAACACAUGCUGACUCCUUUCACUGUUCUUUACAGAUUGGUUAAAUACUCAUGUGAAACCGUACCAACUUAUUCUUCUGUAUGUUUGUGUUUUCUUCAGGAGCAGGAGGGGUUGGAGGGACAGGUCUUGGGGGUGCAGGACUUGGAGGUGCAGGACUUGGAGGUGCAGGUCUUGGGGGUGCAGGAGGAGUAGGACUCGGGGGCACAGGACUGGGAGCAGCAGGAGGAUUGGGAGGUGGAGGAUAUUCUGCUGCUGCCAAAGCUGCUAAAUAUGGUGACUGGAAUCAGAUCUCAAUAGAUCAAAAUCAUUGAGUCAUACAAAGUGUUUUAAAUGAGCACACAUGGUUAUAGGAUUCAUUUUUGUAUUAAAGGUCCAGGUGGUGCAGGCGUAAUCCCAGGUGGUGGAGGGGUAAUCCCAGGUGGUGGAGGGGUAAUCCCAGGUGGUGGAGGGGUCGUCCCGGGUGGUGGAAGAGUCCCAUUUUUACCAGGAUAUGGAUGUAAAUAUACCUACAGACUUUUGAUUUCCAAAAUCCAACAAAGUGUUAAUUAUUUCUAUAAUCACUUUAUUUAAACGUUUCUUUUUUUUUCUUGCAUGUUAUAUUACAGCUUUGGCAGCUGGUGCUAAACCUCCUAAAUAUGGUGAGACUACUUGAACUGUUUGAUGAGAGACCAUGUCAUAAACUGAAAUUCCUUACAUAUAUAGUUAAUGUACCUCCAAAUAUGCAUGGACAGUUUACUGCUGCGCAUUUGUAAUCUUUAAUUUCUUUAACAGAGCAUUUAUUUUUACUUUCAUAAGGUGGACUAGGAACAGGCCUGGGAGGAGCUGGAGUUCUAGGGGGAGGAGGACAGGUGCUUCCUGGUGGUGUUGGAGGCUAUGGUGGUAAGUUUUAAAACCGAUAUCAUGUUGGUGAUAUUAGUUGAACAAUGUUGAUAAGAGUUGCCAUGAGCUUAUUGUCCUCCAUGAUAUUGUAUCAGACAAACUCUCAGUCUCAAACAAUGUGUUGACAGGUUAUGGAGCUGGUGCUGGUGUCAAACCUCUUAAAUAUGGUGAGAAGUUUUCAUUCAGUAGCAUCUAAUUCUCCUUUUGUCUUUAUUUUGUCAGUUAUCGGUUAAACUUUAAGCGUCUUCAGGAUUUCUGGAGUAUAGAUUAUGAGUGAAGGAAAAAGAUGCUAAUGUUGUAGAGUUCAUCCAGUCAUGUGGGCCGUUUUAGAGGAUGAUGAAGGCUACAAGGUUUUGACUAGGAUAAGAAUGUAUUAGAUGAACAGGAGUGCAUAGUUUAGUAUUAGGAGCAUGUCUUCAACGUAACAUGCUUGUUGCAGUUAAAUUCCAACAUUUUACUAGACUUUGUUGACAGAAAACUAUGUAUGUAUGACACACCUGCUCUUCUUUAGGAGCCGGGGCAGGGUUAGGAGCUGGAGGACUGGGAGGGACUGGGUUAGGAGGUGGAGGACUGGGAGGGACCGGGUUAGGAACUGGAGGACUUGGAGGGGCUGGAGGACUUCCAGGUGGAGGUGGACAAUACUCUGCUGCUGCAAAAGCUGCCAAAUAUGGUAAAAAAGAACCCUUAUUUUGCUUUAUUAUUCAGCUUUAAAUACCCUCAAGUGUCUUUUCCUAUUAUAUCUUUCCUCUCAUUUGAUCUACUUUGAACUGAUGAAGUGCGACCUGCUCUGUUUUUCUUCAUAAGGAGUUGCAGGAGGAGCAGGAGUAGGGUUGGGAACUGGAGGACUAGGAGGCACUGGAGUGGCUGGAGGACUCCCAGGUGUUGGCCCUGGAGGUGGUCAAUACUCUGCUGCUGCAAAAGCUGCCAAAUACGGUACAGUAAAGGAUCUCUCCAUUUUUCAAAAACACAAAUCUAUUUACUCAGUGAGCUCUUUGACGUUGUCUGUAUUAUGUAAUAAUGCAAACUGCUCCCUUUCUCUUCAAUAGGAGUUGCAGGAGGAGCUGGAGUAGGGUUAGGAGCUGGAGGACUAGGAGGAACAGGAAUACUUCCUGGUGUAGGCACUGGAGGUGUACAGUACUCUGCUGCUGCAAAAGCUGCUAAAUAUGGUAAAAAGAACAAGCAUACACAUCUUUUUUGUUUGUUUUUACCCUCUAUUGAACUCUACUUUGUUAAAGUUCAAUUUAGACUUUUUAAUGUGAGGUUUUUGCACCACUGACACGACUCGCUUCAUUUCCCUCAAUUAGGUGUAGCAGGGGGAGUUGGAGUAGGAACAGGAAUAGGAGGAGUUGGACCUCAAGGUACUACAUGUUCUUGUUCAUGACAUCUAUGUUAUAAAUUAAGGUCCAGGAUGAGACUCCCAUCCCUCUUAUUGGUGUUAUAGGCCAAGUCAAACUCUAAAUAAUCUCAGUGCAGUCAGUGAAUACUCAGUUUCGUUUGCUAACAUAGUGUUUUUCAUGUGCUGUUGUAGGAGGUGUCACUGGAGCAGGACUUGCUGUGCCUGGAGCUACUCCAGGUUCAACCCUGGGUGGUGUUCCAGAUGGUUCUGCUGUUGUGCUGCCAGGGGGUACAGGUGUUCCUGUCAAGCCAGGUGAAACUUAAAAUACUCAAUGAAAUCUAAACUAAUUUUCCCUGAAUUUUCAAGACCAGGCCUUUCAGAGGUGUUAUAAUUUUAAUGUUGAUAUUGUUUUUACAGGAAAGGAUGUAGGAUUCCCUGCAACUGCUCGUCCAGGUACAGUGAGACAUCACUGGUGCGCACAUUACACACAUAUGGGAAACAUGCAGAGGAGGGAGAGGCACUUCCUUAAAUACAGUAUAUUCAAGAACUGCAGCCUAGCUAAGGUUAACUGCACAAGGCUGUGUCUCCCUUUUUGCCUUUGACAUAUUCUUAAUACAUUUCCUGGCUAAAAAGCUCAUAUGUUGUUUGUAUUGCUAGUGCUACCAGCUAUUUACCGUCUCGAGCUUACAGCCUCCCAGCAAUAGCAAUGUAUACUUCACAGCUUCUACCUUUUUACUCUGUCCUACUCAACGCCUGUUCAAAGUGCAAUGGAUGAAACUGGUAUCUGUUGUCUUUGCCAGCGCCCACGUCUAUUUCUGCAAACGGCACGGCCCCAGAGGUUCCACAGCCCAGUAAGACUUGCCGUUUGUAUGAAACAUUUGAGCUUUAACUCAGUUCUGAGGUCUCCAAUAUAUAAACGGGAGUUAUCAAUAAAAUGCAUUUACUACUGUUGUGAAGUAUAAAUUAAUUAGAUCAGUAUCUGAGACUUUUUUAGAUAGUCUUUAGUGGUGAGCAGGUCUUGAUUAAUCUUUUUAUUAAGAGAUGAAUUAAAUUUUCUUUAUGAUUAUGGAUUUCAUCCUGAAAGCACAAAUUUUAACCAAAAAGGAAGGCCACAGCUUUUGGAUUCUUCUAGUGAUGCAAGCCAAAUCUUAAUACUUUCAAGAUAAAGAUCAGUUUUAUUUUACCAUUAAUGCCUAAGAUUUUCUUUAAGAUAUACAGUUUAUUCUUCUGAUUUCACUUCAUGACCAGAUGGAAACUGUAUACUCCAAUUUUAGAUAAAUUUGUAAUAUUAAUCCUAUAAGAAACUGAUCUGACUGUAAAGAUUGUCAACAUAGUGUGAUCAUUUUACAGAGGGGUAUUCAACUUCAUGUUUGUGUGCUCUGUAUCAUUUUAAACCCCGACCCUAUUCCCUUACACGCCAUCAUGAUCGUACUGUGGCCACAGAUCGCCUCUUGUUCUCGGCGCUGCACUGCUUGUCUUGUGAACUCCUUUUCUUUUCACUAACUGCUCAUUCAGCUUGAUGGAUACUUUCAUGCAUAAAAGAAUUGUAAUGGAUAACUGUAUAAAAUCAAACUGUGUGGAGUUAUCAUGAAGACAAGAGGUAAAUGCUUAAAGACACCAUGUCAUUGUCGUAUUCAAUUGCUUUUACAGAUAUUUGUGUGAUAGUUGUGUUUUGUUCUGAUUUGUGAACAUGAAUACUCUCACGUCAUCUCUUUCCUCAGUUGUGUCAUGGUUUGAGUUCUAUAGCAGGAUUGUUUUGUAAUGUUUACAGGGAUUAAAUGUCAUGAAAUCCUUGAAAUGAUGGUAGAAUGAUGAUAAAGUGACAUUUAUUGGGAGUCUGGUGUGACAUGGUUGGAGUGUGUUUUUUCAAAAUGACUUUUUCAUCAUGUUGAGUGUUUUAGGAUUUUGCCGUCUUUCCCUGUCAAGUGUUUGUUUGGUUCCUAAAGUUCAUAUUUCACAAAUCUUAAAUAACCUAGGUCAAAAAAAAAAUAAUAAAACAAAAUCAACAUUUUUAAGGGCAGUAUCACUAAUUUUGCUUUUUCUCUUCUUGCUAUUUGUUCUCUUGGAUCCGUGAAAACAGGCGGUGGGUAAAAAUAAUAACAUUUUAUUUCACAAAUUUAACUUCUGCUGUGUGUCCGAACUUGUUUUUUAAGUGUUUGUGACUCUCUCAACAGUUGCUGGUGGGAUUAUCCAGCCUAGUGGUGAGUAAUUUAUAUAUUUUAUAAUUUCAGUCAAACACUUUUUUGGACAAAGGCUAAAUGUGUCAAGUUUAAUCUGAUCAUACUUUUUGUUUUACAGCUGGCACCAGUGUUGGUAAAUAUGAAAAAAAUAUCUAAUAUACAAAUACAAUAAAUAAUACUGUAUAGAUAUUCUGGAGAUAUCAUAAAUCUUUAUGUGCUUUUUUGCCACAGGUGGAGCAGGAGUUGUACCCUCUGGUGGUAAGAGCAGUUCUCACUUUCUUUAUAUAUGUAUUUAUUAUUUGUAAAUGAUGUUCUCUGUGCAGUCUCUAACUUUGAUUUAUCACCAGUGAUUUUCUUUCAUGGUCGUUUAAUAAAAAUCAUGAUGAAAACUGAUGUAAUCUGUCUGUGUUUUAGUUGGUACAACAGGACAGGGUCAGCCUGGUAAGUGUAGAAAACAAUUGUUUGAUAUAUGCACAGACUUUAAAGUACAGUGAAUAAUAUACUACUAAUAAUCUAUUCAUAUCUAUGUUGAAUUAUUGUAUUGAAAUUGUGAUAUUUUUGUUAAAUGAAUGAGCCCUUUAAACCUACAUAAAGAUCAGGUCCAACUUCAUAUCUAUAUGUACAGAUAAGUGUGUCAAUCAGUUUAUGUGUUUAUCUCUUCUCUCAGUAGUUGCAACAGGAGUUCAACAACCUGGAGGUAUGCCAUUACUCAUGCUUUUAAUAAUAAAAUGCAUUAGAAUGUUUGAAAAUAAAUGGCGAUACAUACAUUUGGCCACAAGGUGGAGACAAAGACAAGUCCAGCAGCUAAAGCUGUUCGUCUCGGCCCAUAUCUGUGUGAGUAUUUUAACAUGAAACAUUUCUGUUUUCAGGUGUUGGUGUUGGCACAGGAGGCAAACCACCCAAACCAUUCUUACCAGGUAAAGAUGAUUAUUUGACAUUUAUUUAUAAUACGCCUCAGUACCUUAAAAAGGAAGUUUUAAGAUACAGUUUCAUAUGAGUAGUCACUGAUUAUUCAUCAGUCUUGAGAUAAAAGUCGAUAGAUGUCCUGAUCUCAACAGAAUUGCGAUUUUUACCCACAACCCUGUGUUGCUUACUGCUAACUUUUUCAUGGUAUCAAAAAUUAUUAUAAUUUUGUUCAGUAUCAUUGAUCACAUCUCACCACAUGCAGCUGUUCUUAUCAUAUGGUGCACUUUCUAGACAGUUAAUAAAUCAAGUGUAAAUCAAUAAACCCAGUCGUUAAUGUGCAAAGAAAAGCUGCUUCAGGCCUUUUUCUACCCAAUUAUACAUGAAAAAUUGAGUACUCAUCAGUUUAUUGCAACUGCAUGCAGAGCACCUUUCCCAUUAUGCAUUAUUUUAUCAGUGAUAGACAGUAAAGUGAUUCUAAGGUGAUUUUAACUGCAUUUCAUUUUCCAGUCAGCCAUUUUUUUUAGAAUACACCUUAUUGUUCUCCAUUUCAGAGUGACGAAAUAAGGUACAUUAAAUUUUACUGUUGAGAAUAUUUGGUAUAGGUUGGAAAAAUAGUGAAAAAAUACAGUAUUAAAGUAGUAGUAUAAAUAUAUGGGACCAUAAAAUGUUAAAUGUAAAAUGUAAAGUAUAUCAUGAGUUUCCUAAAGAUUUCAUGUAAAUAAGGCAGAGAGUAACGGAAUAGGACAGAUUCACCUCAUAAGCCUUCUUUAACACUCUAAAUAAAAUUCACUCUUUAUUCUGUGUACUAUGUUUUUAGGGUGUCUCUUUGUUUGAACUAUAAUUCCUCUGAUCAAGUCUUUCUUUUUUUACAGGUACUGGUGUAGGUGUUGGUCCAGGCGGUGCAGGAUACCCCUAUGGUGGAACAUAUGGGGGUGAGUUUCCAGCCUUGUCUUUCAACAUUUAAGGACUUGGCUUGAAUUCAAGGGACGAUUAAUCGUCUCCCGUCUGUGCCUUAGUUCCUUAUGGGAUUGGACGUGGCACUGGACCUGGGGUUGGAACUGGAGCUGGAACUCUGCCUGCAGCGAAGCCUUUGAAACCACCAAGUAAGAGUUUACAUUCACUACUUUAAAAAUAUAUCCAAGGUUAAUGAUUCCUGUUUUUAAGUUUAGUUAUGAGUGCUGUUGCUUUAAUGUUUUUUCAGUACCUGGAGCGGGAGCAGGAGGGGCAGGAAUCCCACUGUCAGCAGGAGGUUAUCAAGGUCAGAACUCAGCAACAUUUCAUUUAACAACCCGAACAACCCCAGAGAUUGCGUCAGCAUAGGAAAACAAGGAAAAAUUCAAUAAUGUCUAAUUCCUUUUUCAAGCUUCACUGCCCCCCAAAAACAAGCAGUAGAUGAUAAGCUGUCUAAAUACUUUUCUCUGUCGUCAUGAUUCAGGAGGAUACUAUCCAUAUCGUCUUGGUUAUGGGCAGGGUAUGUAUGAGAGGAGAGGAGGCAGACAGCACUGACACACAAUGUUCCCCUGACCUUAAAAAAAAUCCCCAAAAUGUUCUGCCCAGUGCUCAAAGUGACAGUUGCUCAAAGAUGCCAUCGUGUUGCACUUCCUGUGCAGGAAGUCGGCUAACAUGCUGAUAAGUUUCUGUGUGGUCAUUCAUCAGGAAUUAGACGCCGGUUGGAAAAUUGGACGAAGGAAAUCUAACUGUGUUUUUGUCUUGGCAGCAUUUACAAUCAUGCAACCCUGUGCAGGAUGGGUUAACCGUAGAAAUACAGUCAUUUGUUGGGGUUUUUUUUCGCCCCAUUAUCACCAGCCUUUUGUCUUUCUUGACAGGUGGAUUGUAUCCAUCUACGGGUGGACUGGGAGGUGCUGGUGGUGGAGCCAAACCACCUAAACCAGGUAGUUAAACAGGCAAAUAAAAAUACAUGUGAUGUGGAAUUAAAUCAUGUCUUUAUGACAGGCGUUUUUGAUAAAAGCAGCACUUAAUAAGUCUUUUCUGUCUAAGUUUUCUGACUAUGAAUAUGUUGAUUUAAUGAAGGGAAUCUCUCCGGCCUGUACACAUAAUCCAGUAAUUGCUCUGAGACACUGAAAUAUCAAAUAAAGAACACUUGUAGAAGUUAAGUGAGACAGUUGUUAGCAGUUCUUAUAUGAUAGCUGGAAAGUCCACAAAGCAGUAAUCUCUUUAAAACUUGAAACAGCUCCAUCAGGAUAUUGUAAAUGAAGCAACACAACAUUUCCCAGAUGAAGUCUGAUUUCUGGUUAUAAUACUGUGCACAACAUCAAAGUUUGACUGAAGAUAACACAGACUUCCACAGUCCCGCCCUAAGACAACAAAAUCUCCACCAAAGGAUUUUUUUUAGACGAGUUUGUCUCUAUGACCUCAGCGGAGCUGUGGCUACAUCUCACACCUCAGAGACAAACAAAAAAUUCAUAAUACAUUACAAGUUAUUCACACAUUAUACCAGAAGAUGUGUUUUGUGAUUCAUUCAUUUGCCUUUAUUGCUUCAGGCUAUGGCAAUCUCGGAGGUGUUGGUGUUGGUGGUGGUGGAUAUCAGCCAGGUGAGGACCACCACAUGUUUGUUCAAUAUUUUCUGCUGUAACAAACACAUCCUAUCCCUCGUCCCCAGCACACUAAACACUCUGUCUAAUCAUGUGCACUGUGUACUGUCCUCUUCUUCCUCUGCCCUUCUGUGAGGGAUGAGUAUAAUCACACCAUAACAGAUGACAGUGCAGCCUCCUCUCUCUGCCCCUCAGAGAGCAUGCACAACCUCCUGAUUCUAAUCCUGCCCUCAGUGGGUACAGAGAUAUUGUUGUCUGUGUCAAAUGCUUUCACAGAUUGUCCAACAAAUCUGCUCAACAGUGAGCGCAGAUUUGACAACAACAAAAAAAAGAGAGAAUAAUUAUUGGCUUCUGGAAAAGUAGGGCAAGUUGUCAUAGUCACUGUACGUACUGUACUCAAAGUUUGUAUUGAUAAAAAAUACUGUUCUCUUACUGAUUUUAAUGAUUAUUUUCUGUCAGAGGCUUUGAGAAGUCUGCUUUGAAUCCUACAGGUGCGGGAUCAGUGGUACCUGGUUAUGGAGGAGGUUACCCCCAACAGUUGUAUCCAGGUCAAGGUACUGCAUACCAUGGAUUUCUGUUUCUUUUAUUUAGAUUUUAUUCAUUUUUUACUGAUACACUAAUACAGGUUACAGCAAACACACAUAUACUGGUCAUAAACAGUUAAAUAAAUACAGUGACCUUCAAGGAGCAUCAUUGAGUCGUGAAUCAGUGAAAAAAAAAAUGACACAACUGAAUCAUCAGCACAACGGCAAGAUGAGAUUAUGCAAGAUUAAGUGUACGCAUGUGUGAUUGUGGGUAUGGUUGUGUAAGGAAGAUUAAAAGACAGGAACGCAAAGCUAAAAUACAAACUAUAAUCAAUUAUUUUAAUUUCAUACAUGUGCCAUAUCUCCAAAAUGUGAUCUGUUGUUUUCUGCUACGUAAAGCAGUGAAUCACCAAAAUGUUUCUACUCCUACGAGAUAUUUAUUUCCGUUACUAGAAUCCCAACUUUAACUUUGAUCAAAUAAAAACUUGCCUCCUUUAAAACUUAGAUUUAGAGAACAGGCACAUCUGUAACUUAUCAUCCUUGUUUCUGGAUCAGGAGGCGGAUUAAUGCCCCACUGCAUACUCACAGGUAACUCUGCUAAUUUCAAGCUCAUAAACUCUCCCAAUUUGACAGGUUAUCUUGUCCCCCCUCUGUCCUUUCCUUCACACCAGACACUGUCAUCUAAACCUAACUCAACCCCAGCCUCCUUGUUAUCUCCAAUCCAGGGGAAAAGUUUAUUUCUAUAACCACAAUACUGUUCAUCUCUAUUUAAACUUGAAAAGUCCUUAAUUUUUCCUCUGAUGUGAUCAAAUGUGUUCAAGGAUGAACAAAACUCUGAUUAAUAUUUAAAUGAAGAUGCUCUUUGUCUAUUAACGGGGGCUUUUCAAAUUUAACAUCAAUUACAUUUCUAAUUUUGAAAACCAAACUUGUUAGCUCACAUGAGAAGCUGAGUUUGAUUAAGAGAAUUAUUUUGUGUUUGAUUAUGAUGAAGUUUUUUUCCAUCCAAGCAUUUGAGUAGCAGAGAUUAAUUGGAUUACUAAAAACUGGGGAUAAUUAAUGUGACAUUACUUUGUGAACUCGAGUGGUGUGGUCCUUGCCAGAGCUCGCUUCAUUCAAACAUCAGCAGCUGACAUAAAUUCAAACAAGAUCCCCUCCUCUAACCCCUCAAAGCCUGACUUAAAUCUCUGUCGUCUAAUAGAGAGGCAAAUAUCCUGAUUUAUUUCUAACGUGUGGGAAACACUGAGGCCUUGACAAUUACGCAGAUUAGCACCAAAGGUUAAUGCCUCCCAUGUGAUCUACUCUGUUGUAAACAUCUCCUCCAUUCAGACCAAGACACAUUUACUAUCUGAUGGUAGUUUCACUCUUUAAUAACCUGAUCUCAUUUCUCCUUUCGUUUUUGUUUUCAUGUUGUCCAGGCGGAUACGUCCCAGCCCCACUGACUCCUCAACAAGGUACCACAUUAGUUUCUCUUGUGUCUGUGUUCAAACGUGUGUCUGUGCUGGUUGGCAGAGGAUAGAAAUAUGUCAGAUUAUUCCGUCGAGAUUGAGAACUCUCUGCGUGGGUUGGUACUGCGUGUGCCUGUCAGUGCAGAUGGCAGGGCAUGAGUGGUAUGAAUGCUAUAAUCUGCAUUUUCCUGAACAUCAGAGAUUAUUGCUGGUCAGAUUAUUUCAAGGAAAGCAUGUUUGUUUUCUUAGAUAGCUGUAGACCCAUUUCUUUUCCUCCAAUACACCGGUUUCAGGUCUCUGUCUUAAAGACUAUUAGACCUCUCGAAUACCUCAAGUUAUUGCAUUUGUCACACUUGCGUCUCACAUAAUAGACGAAAUAGCUCAUACCGUUUGUUCCCUUUGUUGUUUUGCAGCCAAAGCAGCCAAGUACGGUCCACUGCAGGGUUUCCUUGGUGGUGCAGGAGGAGGAGGAGGAGGAGGGGCCUACAGAGGUGAAAGACAACAUAGUGUGACAUUUUUUUCAUUAUUUUGAAAAAGACCAUCGAAAGGCUGAUCUGUGAUCUUUUCCGCAGGUGGAGUCGCAGGAUGCCAGGGCAAAUACUGUGGGAGGAGGAAGUAG